ACGCCCUAAAACAAGAUGGCGCCUAUGGUUGUGCGCAUGCUCCUUGACGUCCAACUUCCGCGCUCCGGGGGCGCGCACGUCCGGCGGUGCCGUUGCCUUACUUCCGCUGGUGCGGAGCGGAGUUUCCGCGGAAUCGGCCCGCGUCCCAGGGUACUGUGCAGAUGGAACAGAAGUGGGACUUGUAAAAUGUUGCCCUGUAAAAAGAGAAGAGCUACAGUGACAGAGUCUGUGCAGCAGGGGGAUGACCAGGAAGGAGAUGAUUUAGACCUAGAGUCAGCUGUGAAGCCAGAGUCCGACCAGCUGAAAGACUUGGGGUCGGAGUCACUGUCCUGGGGUCCAGGUCAUGAGAGUGCUGUGUGUCCCGAGCUGCACUCCAUGCAUGAUGUAGAAAACCAGCUCAGCAUGGAGGAUCCGUCUCUAAGCUCUAAGAUGCUCACCCAGCAUGGCAACUUACCGGUUUUGGAAGCUGUUGGUGUAGCCAUCCCUCAGGAAAUCACCCUUCCUUCCUUGGAGUCUUCUCAUUCCCUUACUGUACACAUGGAUCAAGGGAGACUCCCAGCCACGGGCUCAAAGAAAGUGAAGAAAACUGCCUUCCAGCCUGGGCUGAUGACCAGAGAAGACCAAGGGGAUCAUCCUGUCAUAGUGGAACCUCCUUCAGGAGAGCCUGGUGAAGAAGUCAAGGCAGAAGGAGGUACCAAGAGGAAACGAGAUGGAAAGGGCCAAGAACAAGGGACAGUGGUACAUGACCUGAAACUGGAUGACGUGCUCGAUCGUACCUUAGAGGAUGGUGCUAAGCAGUACAAUCUGACAGCAAUCAAUGUACGGAAUAUCCUGCACGAAGUCAUCACAAAUGAACAUGUUGUAGCCAUGAUGAAAGCUGCCAUCAGUGAGACAGAAGACAUGCCAUUGUUUGAGCCUAAGAUGACGCGCUCUAAGCUGAAGGAAGUGGUGGAGAAAGGAGUGGUCAUUCCAACUUGGAAUAUCUCACCAAUUAAGAAGGCCAAUGAAAUUAAGCAGCCUCCACAGUUUGUGGAUAUUCACCUUGAAGAAGAUGAUUCCUCAGACGAGGAGUACCAGCCAGAUGAAGAGGAGGAGGAUGAGACGGCUGAAGAGAGCUUAUUGGAAAGUGAUGUUGAAAGCACUGCCUCGUCUCCACGUGGAGUGAAGAGAUCCAGACUGCGAGCGUCUUCUGAAGUGGCUGAGACAGACGAGGAGAGUGGCAUGUUGUCAGAGGUUGAGAAAGUCACCGCACCUGCUGUGAGGCACAUCAGUGCUGAAGUAGUGCCCAUGGGGCCCCCACCGCCUCCCAAACCGAAGCAGACCCGGGACAGUGCUUUCAUGGAGAAGUUAAAUGCAGUAGAUGAGGAGCUGGCUUCUAGUCCUGUCUGCAUGGACUCUUUCCAGCCCAUGGAGGACAGUCUCAUUGCAUUCCGAACUCGGUCUAAGAUGCCCCUGAAAGAUGUUCCUCUGGGCCAACUAGAAGCUGAACUUCAGGCUCCAGAUAUCACCCCGGAUAUGUAUGACCCGAAUACAGCUGAUGAUGAGGACUGGAAGGUGUGGCUGGGGGGCCUCUUAAAUGAUGACGUGGAGAACGAGGAUGAAGCGGAUGAUGAUGAUGAUCCAGAAUAUAACUUCCUGGAAGAUCUUGAUGAACCAGACACAGAGGAUUUCCGUACUGACCGUGCAGUGAGAAUCACUAAAAAAGAAGUAAACGGGCUGAUGGAGGAGCUGUUUGAAACUUUCCAAGAUGAAAUGGGAUUCUCUAAUAUGGAAGAAGAUGGCCCUGAGGAAGAGGAGCGUGUUCCAGAGUCUCGGCCAGACUUCAACACCCCUCAAACCCUACGGUUUGAGGAACCAUUGGCCAACUUGCUAAAUGAACGACACCGGACGGUGAAAGAGCUGCUUGAACAACUGAAAAUGAAAAAAUCUUCCUCCAAACCACAGCCUGAAGUGGAGAGGCUUAAACCCCAGAAGGAGACGGUGCAUCAGGCUCUGAUUCUAGACGCAGCACAGAGGAGCAGGCUUCAGCAGCAGAUGCAGCAGCAUGUUCAGCUCUUGACACAAAUCCACCUUCUCACCACCUCCAACCCCAACCUCAGCUCCGAGGCCAGCACCACCAGAGUAUUUCUGAAAGAGCUGGGAACCUUUGCAGAGAACUCCAUCGCCCUUCACCAACAGUUCAACCCCAAGUUUCAGACCUUGUUCCAACCCUGUAACUGGAUGGGAGCUAUGCAGCUCAUUGAAGACUUCACACAUGUCAGCGUUGACUGCAGUCCUCAUAAAACGGUCAAGAAAACGGCCAGUGAAUUUCCCUGUUUGCCAAAGCAAGUUGCUUGGAUCCUGGCCACAAACAAGGUUUUCAUGUAUCCAGAGCUUCUCCCCAUAUGUUCACUGAAGGCAAAUAAUCCUCGGGAUAAGAUCAUCUUUACCAAGGCUGAGGACAAUCUGUUAGCUUUAGGACUGAAGCACUUCGAAGGCACAGAGUUCCCUAAACCUCUAAUCAGCAAGUACCUUGUAACUUGUAAGACCGCUCACCAGCUGACGGUGAGGAUCAAGAACCUCAACCAGAACAGAGCUCCUAACAACGUGAUUAAAUUUUAUAAGAAGACCAAACAGCUGCCAGUUCUGAUGAGGUGCUGUGAAGAGACCCAGCCACAGCAGUGGAGGCCUCCCGUAGAGAAGGAGGAACACCGGCUCCCAUUCUGGUUAAAGGCCAGUGUACAGUCCAUUCAGGAUGAACUUCGGAAAACAGCUGAAGGCGUUGAGGAAGGAGCAACUGUGACCAGAGCCACAGAAGCCGGCACAGAUCAGCACUUAGAGAAAGUGCCUGAAUUGGGGAGCGAAACUCGAUACCCACUGCUGAUGCCCAAGGGUGUAGUCCUGAAGUUGAAGCCAGAUUCCAAGCGUUUCAUCAGAAAGGCUUUGCGAUUGAACCGGCCAUUGGUCCAGAAGCCCCUUCUUAUCCAGCCCAGCCCCUGUGUUCAGCCUGGGUUCAACACAGGGAAAAUAGCAACCUGGUCAACUCAAUCAGAAGUCCUCCCAGGAAACAUAGUGGUUCAGAUUCCUCAUCUGAUCCAGCCAGCCACUGUCUUACAAUCACUUCCUGGUUUCUCUUCAGUGGCGGUCAGCGGAGAACAUAGUUUUGAGUCUUCUGCAGCACUGCCUACUAUGGCCUCCGGUCCUGAAGCCAGGACCAGCUUCCCCCUGUCUGAGUCUCAGUCACCACUGCCUUCUUCCUCUGCACCCAAGAUAAUGCUACCCUCACUCGCCCCUUCGAAAUUUCGAAAGCCAUAUGUGAGGCGGAAGCCUACAAGAAGAAAAGGAACCAAGGUUUCUCCCUGUGUGAAAGCUGCCCCCAUCAUCCACCCCACACCUGUCAUCUUCACGGUUCCUGCCGCCACAGUGAAGGUGGUAAGCCUACCCAGUGGAUGUAAUGUGAUCCAGCCUGUUAGCGCCGUGGCCCCGAAUCCCCAGACCAUUCCCAUCACCACUCUCCUUGUUAAUCCUACUUCCUUCCCCUGUCCGUUAAAUCAGCCCCUCGUGGCCUCCUCCAUCUCCCCCUUAAUUGUUUCGAGCAAUCUGACACUUCCUGUAUCAUCUGUUCCUGAAGAUAAGGUCCAAAUGAACUUGGAUAUUGCUGAAGGGAAAAAUGCUCCUCAAAACCCUGACUCCACGUCAAAUUCCCAGGAACUAAAUCCUCUCUGUGCUACUGUCUUCUCCAAAGAGGAUCCUAGGCCAUGGUGUUCUUCAUCAGGUAUGGAAAGCCAACAAACAUCCUCAGAAUCCAGUGCCUGUGGCUGGACAGGUGUGAAAAUGGAAAGCCAGGAGGGAUCUUCAGAAUCCAGUGCCUGUGCCUGGACAGGUGUGAAAAUGGAAAGCCAGGAGGGAUCUUCAGAAUCCAGUGCCUGUGGCUGGACAGCUGUGAAAACAGAAAGCCAGGAGGGAUCUUCAGAAUCCAGUGCCUGUGGCUGGACAGGUGUGAAAAUGGAAAGCCAGGAGGGAUCUUCAGAAUCCAGUGCCUGUGGCUGGACAGGUGUGAAAAUGGAAAGCCAGGAGGGAUCUUCAGAAUCCAGUGCCUGUGCCUGGACAGGUGUGAAAAUGGAAAGCCAGGAGGGAUCUUCAGAAUCCAGUGCCUGUGCCUGGACAGGUGUGAAAAUGGAAAGCCAGGAGGGAUCUUCAGAAUCCAGUGCCUGUGGCUGGACAGCUGUGAAAACAGAAAGUCAGGAGGGAUCUUCAGAAUCCAGUGCCUGUGGCUGGACAAGUGUGAAAAAUGAAGAGGAUGGGCAAGCUUUAGAGCCAUUGCCUUUGAGUCUCCAGUUAUCUCUGAACUCCACAUCGAAGGAUUUAGAAGAAAUGGUCAAGAUGGAAGCUGAGGAUCGUGUGGAGGAAAUGUCCAGUACCUUCCCCGAGCAGGACAUUGCUGAGACAGUGAAAGAAGAAUACUCUAUGGAAUUAGACCGUGGCUCCCCUCAGGAGAAGCCGAGUAGUGCUAGAGAGCGGAGGAAAGAAGCAGUCGUGCAGACAGAGGAGACCCGAGCAGCUUCGUCCCUUUCCGUGUCCCAAGAGCCGCCUGAUGAGGGGAGUCCAAGUGGAGAGGCAAGCAGAGGGUUGCCCAGAGGUACUCCGUCCUCCGUGGAGCAGGAGACGGUGCUCAGCAGGCCUCCAGGGAAGGCUGAGGACUCGGCCAUUGCUGACAGUCAGUCUGUAGGGACCCCGGCAGGACCAGACACUGGAGGAGAGAAAGACGGGCCUGAGGAAGAAGAGGAGGAGGACUUUGAUGACCUCACCCAAGAUGAAGAAGAUGAACUGUCAUCAGCUUCGGAGGAGUCCGUGCUUUCUGUCCCGGAGCUCCAGGAGACUAUGGAGAAACUGACUUGGCUGGCUUCUGAAAGGAGCAUGAGUCAGGAGGGUGAGUCUGAGGAGGAGAACUCCCAAGAGGAGAACUCUGAGCCAGAAGAAGAGGAAGAGGAGGCUGAAGGGAUGGAAGCCUUGCAGAAGGAGGAUGAAGUGAACGAUGAAGCAGCUGGAGAUGCUGCUGAGAAGCCCCCUUCUACCUCGGCCUCACCCAAGACUGCUCCAGAAGUGGAGAGCAGCAUAAGCCCCGCAGGUGGGACUGUCCACAUGCUGAUAUGCCCACAUAUGAGCACCUGGUGUGAUGAUAUCAUUGUGCCAACCCCACCACAUACACACAGAACAAAUACAGGUGUAUAUAACAGCGUUUGUGCCUUAAUGGACUUACAUGGACCUGUCACAUGUGUAGAGAGCAGCAAUUACUGUGUUGAAAGUAGCUGUAUUGGAGGUAACACUAUACUUCAUGAAUUGUAAUGACUGGACAAAUAUAAAAUCAUGUAUCGUAUAAUCAUCACCUACUAAAUAAAAGUCUGUACCAUGGGAACUUCA